GUGCUGACACCCGCAGCGGGCAUCCUUGAAGGAUGCACACCGGUUCCUUUGGAGAACCAGGCGGGUGUGUGGAAGGGGGGGGUGGGAGGGGGUGCUGCCAGGCCAGGCCCCCCUGGCUGCGGACUACAACUCCCGGCGUGCCGCAGCAGCAGCCCUCCCGCCUCCUCUGGGCUCGGCGCUGGCCGGCUCGGCUCGGCUCGGCGCUGCCGGUGGCCGCGGCGGGACUGAAAAGAAAUGAACGUCAGAGGGGAUUUGUUUAAUCAUUUAACAGCUGACACAAGCCAUGUCCCUAACAAAACGUUGCUGAAAGAGUAGAAGAUUUCUGGGAUACGGCGGCUCCGGUACCAUGAAACCACUCCAGCGAGUCAGGGGCAGCGCCUGCUGAAGGAUGCAGUAGCCCAGGAGUCCGGGCUCGCUGGGACGAGGCCGAUGGCUUGCAUGGAGCUUCUCUACCUGGCCGAGGAGAGCAGGCAGGGGUCCCUGGGCACUGCUGCGGGAUGGAGCCUGCCUUCCUCUCCCUAUGAGCAGCAGCAGCAGCAUGAGGGGGGUGAGGUGGACCCCAGAGCAGCCUCUGCCGUGGCAGCCCUGCACUGCGAGAGGCAUUGCAAGCCCUCAGAGAGGGGCCCUGUGGCUGAGCCUGCCCCAGUUCCCCUGUCCUCCGCCUUGGGCCCCUCGCCCUGGGAGCAGCCAGCACCCCCCAGCACCUCCCAGCCUUGCCACCUGCCCGAGAGCUUCCCGGGGGAAGGGGACGCGGGCAAGAAGAAAGCCUGCUGCUGUGCCCAGGAACUCGAGACGUCAUUCACCUAUGUGGAUGAAAAUGUGAACCUGGAGCACGCAAGAAGUCCCCCUAGUCCAACAGGCUGUCGGGAUGCUCCUCAGCAGCGCUCCUGCCGGGAGCUGCCACCCGAGUGGGCGCAUGAUUCCCCUUCCCUGGUCUCCGAGGAGGAUGACACAGCCUCGGAGGCGGCAGCUGGGAAAUCCGUGGACUAUGGGUUCAUUAGUGCCAUUUUGUUCCUUGUUAGUGGGAUUUUGCUGGUGAUCAUUUCCUACGUGGUACCCAGAGAUGUGACUGUGGAUCCCAACACGGUGGCUGCCCGAGAGAUGGAGAGACUGGAGAACGAGAGCGCCAGGAUCGGGGCUCACUUGGACCGCUGUGUGAUUGCCGGGCUAUGUCUCUUAACCCUGGGGGGAGUGGUGCUCUCCAGCCUGCUGAUGAUGUCCAUGUGGAAAGGGGAGCUGUACCGGAGGAGCAGGUUUGCAUCCUCCAAGGAGUCUGCAAAGCUCUAUGGGUCUUUCAAUUUCAGAAUGAAGUCUGGUGCAAAUGAUAAUAUGCUCGAGCUGUCGUUAGUUGAGGAAGAUGUGCUUGCCGUAGAUAAUUAGAGUGGUCAUGAUUUUUAAGGCAGCGUUUCUACGAGAAAACAUGUUUCAUUAAAGAAAACAGAUGUGGCUAAAGAUAGCUGGUGAUGCAUUUAUUUGUCUGACAAGAAUGUUUUUUUUCUUGAGCUCUAUAAUCGAAUGUUAGCAGUAUAUGAGCACUUGUUGUAAAGGGAAAACAUGCCAGAGAAAAAGCAAUUGAUAUGAAAUAAUGAAAAUCACUAAAUAAAGAGAGAUUUGUGGUGAGUAGGUUCUGUAGGUAACUCCUUUAUCCUAGCAUAAAACAUUCCUUUGGUGUCUCGCCUAUAUAAUUUUCUUAUUACUCCCAUACAGAACAGGAGUGACCUUGACACCUUGGAAGCUGUUAAUUGUUGCAGUCUUCAGAGGGAUUAUUAACAGCCUACUUGAUGUCAUGUUAAAAAGUGGGACCAAUAAUCAAAUAGGAAGGCUGAUGUUUUAUUAAGAGAGAUGCUUUUUUAUUUUUUAUUUUUAAGCUUAUCCCUUAUUUUCUAUGAAUGAGAUCUAAUGGAAAAAAAGACCACUUGUUCAUGACUUACCACAAAUCUCCCCUAUUUUCAAACAAUGGUACAAUUAGUGGUGAUUACUUAAAAUACAAAGAUAAGAAGCAAAGGGCAGGGAACCAUAUGGCUCAUGAUGGUAUUGGUGAGAGACAAAAGUUUCUUUCAGCUUGAGGUCAGUGGUUCCAUUUCAGUUCAGAUUAGCCAUGAUUGAUAGUCAUUAACUUCUGAUAGCUAUAGUGGCCCAUAUAAAAGAAGUUUAGUUCCUGGUGGACAGAUGUCUUUGUAUGAAAACUGCCAUAACUUGAAUUAACUGACCUCUUGUUAGGAGUCUCAAAAGACCCAAAGAGUAAAAAAGCAUCGGGAUGCAGAGACUGAACACUUCUCUUUCAGUAUGGAUGCCAGAAGAAAUUCAAGCUCAGCUGAAGGGCUUUGCUUGUACUGGGCCUGUCUGCAUCACACUAGUCCUUUUGAAACUUCAGUUUUAUGUCACUAGGCUGCCAGCCUUCUCAUAACUGGAAAGAAAAGGUCAGGAAGGAGCUUCUGGGGCUCGUUCAAUAUAAACCAAAUUAUUUAUAAAAAAAUAAAUUGUCAGGAAAUACUAAGGUUAAAUAUCAGACAGGUGGACUGUCUGAUAUGGGACUUAGUUAACACAGAGGAUGAUCAAGAAUACAUGAUGCUAUUUUUCACAGUUACAUAGCAGGAUAGCCAAAAACCUGUACUGCUGAUGGUAUUUACUUUAGUGUCAGCCUGUUUGUGUGGAGCAUUAAAGUGGUGUUCUUGUGAUGCUGGGAAAAACAACAAGGAUUGUUGUAUGCACUGCUGUCAUUUCGUAGUGAACAGUGGUUAAUAUUAUAUAUGUCCUAGACCCUGCCAAAGCCAGGCAUGAGUGAAGAGCUCUGUACAGACCCUGGCUGCAGAGUCAUAGUAGAAACACUUGUUUCACUGUCACAGCCUUGUCAGUCAUGGUUAAAUCUCAGAUAUCGGGAAUAUCAACUCCUUUACAACUUCUUUACAAAUGAGACUUUUUCUUUCCUGUUGUGACAUAUCUGAGAAUAAUCUUAGGAAGGGUGGCAACACGAGAAUAACAAAAAAUCCUCCUGCUCAGGUGGUGCUGGGACCUGGUGUUUCUGACAUUGCUUUCUCCCAGUUAGAACUUCCAGGGCUUCUGGGUUUCUUUCUCAGUCUAGUGUGACUGGUAGAGAUCAUGAACACUGCCCUGCUCUUUUUCAGGACAGCCUGAUGUGAGGGUUGGAGCACACUGGCUGGUGUGACUCGGAGCAGCGAAGGGAAAAACUGUAUUUUAUACCUGAAUGAGACUGUUUAUGGUCCCUUCCCAGCCAUCAUUAUGUGUGCCAAGGGGACCAUCUGUUUUCUGUCUUCUGUGUCUUAAUUGUGCCCCAAAUUAAUGGAUAUCCAAAAAAUUGGAUUUUUCAGUCUGCAGAAAUUACACAAGUGGCAUGAGGAAAUGUGGGGUCCUCAUGCAGAAAAAGACCAAACACUGUUCUGCCACCUUGUUCCUCAUGCCCUCUUUUGUCUGUUUGCAUCAGGAGGCACGUGCCACACCUGUGCCUGGCACUUGCCUGUGUUCUGUCCCUUGUGCUCACUGCUAGUGGGUGCUCAUGUAGGUGCCCUCAACAGAGAGCUGGAGAACCUGCGCUGCUCCAGGUUCAUGCCCUUGGUCGCUGUAAAUAGCGUGAUAUAUCAGGUUUUAACUUUGGCCCUGCGAAAGAGAUGCUACUUAAAUGUUAUCUGUUCUAACUCCUGCUUUAGCUCAGUGUUAGCUGGCAAUUAAAGAGCAGCCUUAUUCAGCAGUGCUACUGCCUAGUAGAUGUUAUUACCAGUUGCGUCAUGAUAUAGAGCGUGUCUGAGGGCAGGAACUCACAUUGGCCAGCAUUUCAGCAGUUAUCUUGGGAGAGCUUACGUCCCUCUGGGUGUGUCAUCAGGGAUUCAGGACUGAAUUUCUAGGGUGAAAAGAAGAGCUUACAUAUAUAAGGAGAAACCUUCAGCCUGUUGGGAUCAGUGAGAAUAUGGAGCAAAAUAGCCCAAGAAGUAAGACAUGUAGGAGGAAGGCUCCUCAUUAGCUGCCCUUUGCCUGCUCCCAGGUAUGAGGGCACUGCCUGCAGGGCCUGUUAACACCACCUGAGGUGGGGUGGUGGGGUCAGUGCUGCUGCUUGUCCUGGUCCUAGGACCGGAACCGAUGCCAUGGCAUCCAGAAGUGCAGAGAAGGCUGUACCAAGCAGGAGGGCAGACGGCAGGGGCGGUAGACAUUGUGGGGCAGAGGAUGGAUGUCAUGGGGAGCAAAAACACUUUCAUCACCCCCCACCCCUAACAGGAAACGUUGUACUUGGCAGAAGCUCUAAAACUGAGGCUGGCAGUUUUGAGAGCCAUUAUUUUUAUUUUUUAAUGAUACAUAUGCAUAAAAUUGGAGUACAUUCCAUAAUUGCAGAAAGAUGACAGCUAACACUGUAAGGAUCACAGAUUUCUUGUAGGAACCAUGGCAUGCCUUAAUGCUGGUUAUUAGCACUAGAAAAGAGCGUGUUCCCUAGAUUGUCAGUAUAUUAUUAUCAAGUGAGAAGUUUUCUGACACUUUGUAAAAUGCCUGUCACAGAUCAUAAGCCUGCAAUACCUAAAUGAACCCUCAAAUUUUCCCUGAGCAUUUUAAGGAAACCUAAGUCAACCUAAUAAUCUAAAUAUACACCACAGAGGUGUAAGGAAUAAUAAUAAUAAAAUAGCAGAACUAAUGCAGUUUCUUUAUUUUGGUAUUAAACUGUGCUACAGAAGAGGUGAAGGCAGGCCUUUAGAGGACAGAGUGCAAGAGUUCAGCAGAUAAAUCUCUCAGGACAUUUCUCUGAUCACCAAACAAACGAGAAGGCUGUGUCGGUUGGUGGUGUGAUGUAAAACCUCUGGACUCUCAGGUUCUAAUGAUGUACAGUGCAAGAGAAACCAAAAUGCUUGCUGUCUGGUGGUUGGUUGUGGGAAAUGAAUGUAUUAGUCAGCUGCCUGGUGGAUGAGUGUCCACAUCAUCCUGGUCACAAACGGCAGUACCAAAGGCUGAGGCCAAGGGAGAUUAAUUGCCUGCCCAUACACCCUAGCAAUUUGAUUUCCCCUACUCAAAAUGUAAAUGCUUUAAGGGUACAUGUGUGAGGAAAAUUGUAUUUUUCCAUCACCUUGGCUAAACUUGUUGCAUGGGUCAAUGGAGGGCUGUGAAUUUUAGGGCAUACCAGGUGGGUUUUAGGCACCCCUUGGAGCAUCCUAGAAACAAACCAUGAUUUGUGCUGGGGGAGGAACAGUUUAUUCCUGACUGACCCUCACAGCAAAAUGUGAUGUUUGCCCAUUUUCUACCUCAUGACACGUCAGCGGGGGCUGCCAGCCCAUGGGGACAGGCUCUGCCCCAGCCUCUGCCUCCCCGCCGAGGGAACGCGAGGCCUUGGCCGGGACUUCUCCCUGUACCCUCUGCUGCUGAAACAGCUCCCCGGGGACCGGUUUUCUGUUUCUUUUUCUCAGUCAGAAAUUUAUGACAGAGGCUGGGCCAUUUGGGAACUGCUGAGAGCUGUGCCACGGGACUCUGCAACCCAGAGAGGUCCGUGGCGAGGCACCCAGCCCAGCUCUGGCCCAGCCGGCCUCACCUCCGCACUGCCAGCCCGAGGCCUGACCCACAGCAGGGAAACCCGAAGCUCUCUCCUUGGAAGCUAUGCUGGGUUGUUGCUGGUUUUGAUAUGUUUACAGUUUUUUAAUCUUUGUAAUUCUUUUAAAAAUAUGUCUGUAAUGAAUAUUGAGUUUACCAACUGGGAAAACAAUGGCUUUAAUCUUGUAAAACUCCUUUUUGACCCACACAAGGGUGAAACAUCACAGUUCAUCGUGAGCUUUUUGAUUGUGCAUUUGAUGCCUUAUUAUAAUAGCAACAGCGUUCUGUACAGAUUAAAAAAUAAAAAUCUGUAAAGCUGA